AUGUUGGAGGUAUUGGAGGGACGGAGUUUAGGAGCAGGGUCAGACGGUGGUGGGGGUGGUGGUGGUGAUUCGGAUGGUGGAGGGGGCGGAGGUUCUAGGUCUGGUGGUGGCGGUGGUGGCGGUGGUGUUGAGCUCGGCGGGGGAGGCGGGGAGGCUCGGUCGUUGGUGGUGGUGGAGGUGGAGGUUCAGUCGUCGGUUGAGGAGGUGGUGGUCGUAGUCGAAAAGACACAGGCUGCGAUCUAUUGUUCUCCUCGCUGGGUCGUCCCCGACAACGGUGACGGCGUGGUGUCGUGUAUCGCGCUCGGACUAGCGUGGUUUGGCGGCGUGUCGACCUGUUUACCUUUCAACGAGCUGCUCGGGCCUGAAAGCGGCGAGGUUGUCGCAGGACCCGCAGGGAUCGAGCCGUGGCCAUUCAAGUACGGCUUACCGCGUCCAGUGCCCCUCGCUCCAGAUAGCAAGCUACGCGGUCCAGUGGGCGGUGUUGCUCCUAUCCUCGAAGUGGUCGCCGAGGUCGAGGUCGAGGUCGAGGUCGAGGUCGAGGCUGUGGCCGAAGAUGAAGACGCCCCGCCCGGAAAGGAGCUCAGCAACGCGCGAGGUGCGCGUGGGGGAGCCUUCCCUGACAUUAGCGGCCAGGGCUGGCGCGUACGUAGCGUGGAGAGGAAGAAAGGCGAUGAGGAGAUGGUGGUUAAGAGCGAAGAGCCGGCGCCGCGCUGGCCACCACCUCACUCACCUCCCGCGGCGAUUUUUCUCAAAGUCCACAACAUUAUUCUCGCUCACUCGCGACAACUUGUCGUACUCAAAAAGAGUGAAGGUCCUAAGAAAGUCCGCUAUGCUCACGCAGUUGAAUAUGUAUUCGCCUCGCCAGCUCAGCUCUACGCCCCAGAAACCCCCAAAUCGCCCCCAUCAGCACGACAGCCGCCGCAAAACCUUCCUCCCUGA